AUAAUUUCGAAUAGAUUUAUUCCAUUUUCAAAAAAAAAUAAAAAAGAAAAUCCACAAUGGCAAAUUUGGCACCAAUAUUUGCAAUGAUAAUAGUGAUCAUAUCGAUGGCAUUAUUUCAUUCUGUACAUAAAAUUGAUGAAGGACAUUCAGGUGUCUAUUAUCGUGGUGGUGCCUUAUUGACACAGAUAUCUAGUCCUGGUUUUCAUCUAAUGAUACCACUCAUUACGACAUAUCGUUCCAUUCAGGUGACAUUACAAACAGAUGAAGUGAAAAAUGUUCCAUGCGGUACUUCUGGUGGUGUUAUGAUUUAUUUUGACCGUAUCGAAGUGGUGAAUAUAUUGCAUCCAUCCGCUGUUUAUGAUAUUGUUCGGAAUUAUACAGCCGAUUAUGAUAAAGCAUUGAUAUUUAAUAAAAUUCAUCAUGAACUGAAUCAAUUUUGUUCAAGUCAUUCAUUACAAGAAGUUUAUAUUGAUCUUUUUGAUCAAAUUGAUGAAAAUUUACGGACGGCCAUUCAGAAAGAUUUGAAUGAAUUCGCACCUGGUCUUACCGUACAAGCGGUACGUGUUACGAAGCCAAAAAUACCCGAAGCAAUACGGAAAAAUUAUGAAAUAAUGGAAGCAGAAAAAACUAAACUUAUGAUAUCGAUACAUCGACAAAAAGUUAUUGAAAAAGAUGCCGAAACUGAACGUAAAAAAGCGAUUAUUGAAGCAGAAAAAAACAGUCAAGUUGCACAAAUUAUCAAUGAACAAAAAGUGAAUGAAAAAGAAUCGAUGAAAAAAAUGUCCAUAAUCGAAGAUGAAAUGCAAUUUAAUCGUCAAAAAAUGCAUGCUGAAGCAGAAUUUCUAACGAAAGCAAAACUUGCAGAAGCCAAUGCUUUGUUAUUAACGCCUGAAUAUUUAGAAUUAAAACGUUAUGAAUCUAUUGCUGCCAAUGCAAAAAUGUAUUUCGGUUCAAAUAUUCCACAAAUGUUUGUUGCUGAACAAUCGGCUCAAUCCAAUCAUCAAUCAUCAUCAUCAUCGAUUACAGCCACGGAUAAUCCAGCCACAAUGAUGAUGAAUAUGACAACGUCGUCGAAAAAAUCGUCCAUCGCCUAAAAGCAAAAAAAAAAAAUCUACAAAUUUCCAUUGUCAUUUUUUUCUUUUUCUUUUUCCUCACCCAGCAAUAAAAAUAAA